CACACCCAUCCCUUUUCCCUGCGCAAGCCCCUCUCUUGUUUUGAUUCAAUUGCACAUCCCUUUGCCACGAUGGCCAGGUCCGUCUCUCUGCUGCUUAGCCUGGUGGUGCCGACGCAGCUCGUCUCGGCAGCUGCAGCGGUGCAGCUGGUGGGAAACACACAUGGCCGGCAGCCUAGGCGCCACAACGCCACACAUCCGCAGCGGGACACCAGGGCGGACAGAAGGACGUUCAAGGACACCGCGCUGGGAGAGGGCAGCCCAAACGAUAUUUGGUGUUCGGCAAUUGACACUGUGACACACGGCGACCAGUCUUGCCCGAGAGAUCUCGUCGGCACGCCGGCAUGCUGGACAUACAAAACAUAUAUCAUCGCACGCAGGACACAACCAACACGAAAACAGAUCGAUGUUUGGCACUGGUUCGUGUUUCAAAGCAGUGUCCCAUGGGUACUCUGUUUCUCUCUUUCUUAUCAGUUGAACCCAAGAGACGUCGACAGAGAGUGGAAACCGGUGUCGACCACGAACGGCAGGACCAGCGGGGGCCCUGCACACUACACCGUCAGCUACCCCCAUGAGUGCAUCGUCUACAUGUAUGCCUGCAGGCCUGUAACUACUUAAUAAAUGCAUGUCUCGAGCAUCCGUACGUGUCUCGUCCGCCGAUCGAUCGAUAUCAGGGUGUCUGCCUUGUCUGUCUGUCUGUCUGUCUGCGUGCAGGUGUCCGCAUCGAAUGGACCCCGACCUUCCCGAGCAGCUGGAGAAGGUCAGCAAGAUUGGCAAAGUGUCGACCGUGAAAGAAGGCCCGAACCAAGACAUGUCAGACUACUGCCUCUUCCAGGUAAGUGGGUAGGGAUGCAGGGAGACAGCUAGGGAAGGAGCGAGGAGGGGGGCAGGCAUGAGAGGUAUUGUGCACUGGAUGGGGUGGACGCCAAUGCAGGACACAAAUUACGAAGAGGUGCAGAAGAAGAAGAAGGGUCUCUUCUCUAGCAAAAAGCCGAACAAGUACGCCACGCACUUGCACCAUUACACACAUGGCCAACACCUGUCUGUACGUCCAUUGUCUUGCAAAGGGAGUUCAAUUGCGCCGUCAUAUCUUACUGGUCAGUCGACUCAACACAUGGACGCGUUUGUCUGGCUGAUCGAUCUCCAUUCUUUGACUGAUUCAUUCCAUGCAUGUGUCUCAAACAGCGGGAACCUCUUCCCGCAACCCGACAUGAGAUCAGUUCACAUACAUACGCCAAAGGGCAAGUACGACAUCUACACCGAACCGGAACCCAAGCCGGAGCACCACAAGGAGACGAAGCCGGCAGAGGCCGCCCAUGAGGACACGCGUGAGGUCGCGGAAAAGUAAGAACAAUCACAUCAAUAUAGAGGAGGCCAGCCAGACAGACACCUGUGCUGUUUGUGUGUCUCAGCAUGAAAGCUCAAAAAACGCCGGUCUCCGAGGCCGGGAAUGCCGGCGAGAAGACACCAGGGCCUGCAGGCCACACGGAGGUGAAAGCAACGGACGAGAACCACAAGACACAGGAUGCCCCGGCGCCAGGAGCUUCCACAAGCCACCCGCCUGAAAAGUCGCUAGAGAAAUUGCUGGAGACCCCCGGCGCCGGUGACAAUGCAGCAGGCAACAAGAAGACAGAUUGAGGUAAAUCUAGGGGCGGUGUAUCUGACCGACGGACGCCAUUGGAUGGACGGACUCACGGACUCACGGAUGGAUGGAUGGAUGGAGUUUUUCCUCAGACAAUGAAUCCACAUUACAAAGGGUAGCAGAGACGCCAUCGAGUCAGGAGGAGACGGUGGACACGGAAACUGAGUAUGGUGUGAGUGAGGAUGCCAUUACGUACCUGACGGAGUUCGAGUGAUGUUCUGUCUGCCUGAGUGGCCGAAUGCAUCCUGUGGGCAGUGGACGUGUGGACUGAUCACAUGUGUCAGUCAUCAUCAAAUCCAUUCAAGCAUA